UUCUAUAGGCAGGGAUAUGUUAUAGGACGGAAUCUUUCAAAGGGCAAACCUUCAGCCGAGAAAAUCUGCUGUAACAAUGAAGAGCAGGAGUGCGGUGAAGAUAAAUGUCCGAAAGGUAAACGACAAAGCCGAUCACCGACACAAGAGCCGGCUAAACGUGCCAAAACCGAGGGAAACGGAAGUGUAUUGAGCAUGCUGAUCAAUACAGAUGGCGAAGGGGACACUGUCAGCACGGAAGUGAAUGCCAGCGAGAGUGCAGAUUCGGUCGCUGCUAUGAAGGAGGCACCCACCGAUCCAUCGGUCAUUAGCAGCACGAAUAACUCAGCAAACAAUGAUGAUCGUCCGGCUGAUGAGCACAAAGAAUUGGAGGGUAACGGGCAGACACCACCAAUUAUCAAGACGAAACAGAAAAAAGUGCCAGUGAAUGCCGAUAAAAAGGCUGACACCGAUGGUAUUCGUCGCGUAAGCAAUCCAAUUACGACAGUUUCCGAAAUUUACACAAAAGGCUCAAAGAACAAGUGGGAUGAUGAUGAAUCUGAAGAUGACUCCGACUUCAACGAAGCCGAAGAAGAGGCGGAAGAUGAGGAAUGUGACGAUGAAGAAGAGAAUGAGUCCGAUGAUGAUACUGAUGAGGUAGCAAUACCUGGAGGAUUAGAAACACCUGGAGAAGACUCAGGGACGACGGCGUGCGUCUGCCUUAUGAAUAAAGAAAGGAUCGUAGUAGCAAAUGCUGGGGACUCUCGAGCGGUGCUCUGUCGAGGCGGUACAGCCAUCGAUUUGUCUAUGGACCACAAACCAGAAGACGAUGUAGAGAAGACGCGCAUAGUAAACGCGGGUGGAUUUGUUAAUGAAGAUGGGAGAGUGAACGGUGGUUUAAAUUUAUCACGUGCUUUUGGUGAUCAUAGUUAUAAGAAGAAUGCAGAUUUGCCAUUACGGGAUCAAAUGAUUACAGCAUUGCCAGAUGUUAAAGUAGAGACGUUACAACCGAGCGAUGAAUUUCUUGUUGUAGCUUGUGAUGGUAUUUGGAAUUCACUCAACUCCCAGCAAGUUGUUGAUUUUAUCCGAGAACGACUAAAGCGAGGGAAAUCUUGUGUGGAUAUUUCUUCAGAGCUUUGGAUUAUUCGCUUUGGCGCCGACGACGGCCGGUGA